AUGGACCUGAUCGCGCUAGCGACCGAAGACGAGGAACUACGCGUCUUCCGACUAAACGGGCAACGCGUAUUCGGGGGUUCAUUUGGUGGUGAUCCGUACCUCGGCGAGGACGAGGAGGAUGGAGAGAUUCGAGGGAUGGCGUGGAAGGGGAAUGGUCGUCUACUCGCCGUCGCCUGCGGAGAUGGCUCACUCCGCAUUAUCAGCUCGUACAGCGGCAAGACAGUGCACCACUACCGCACCUACCAGCACCAGCACGCCGGUGAAGACGCAGCAGACUCAACCGAGCAGCAGCCUCUGCCCAAGGCAACAUGCCUAGGCUGGGGCGUGAAUUUCACAGAUAGCAAAGCCGCCCAGAGACAUCUGCACGAGUCCGCCGGUCAGAUCUCCAUCGAUGACCUCCUCGCUCCGGGAAUCCAUCCCUCCAAGGCGGCUGCUGUGCUCAAGGCUGAUUUACCGCGGGAGCUUGCGCUUCUGGAUGUCGAGAGCUCGUUGCCUAAAUUGAGUACGCUUCCUGCGACGGGGGGUGAGGAUGAUGUUUUUAGUUCGCGGGCGUCGCUUGAUGCUAUUUUUCAUUCGGCUAGGGAUACCAAUGAUUCUGUUGAUGUCCUUUCUGUUGGGUUUGAUGAUGGGAGUGUUCAUCUGCGGAUCUUUGAUUGUUUUGAGAUUGGUUCGUUUCCUGUUGGGAGGACGCCUGGUGUUGCUGGCUCUUGUCGGGUUUUGAGGCACGCUUCUCAUCCGUUGAGUUCUACGCAUGCGUUGUUGGCGUCGGCUGUUGAUGGUGAUGGUGAUACGAGGACUCUUGAGCUUGUUACGUUGGAUCUACGGUUCAUUACUAAGUCUGGGAGGUAUUUGUCUCUGCUGGCUUCGAAGACUACGCAACUUCAGAAUUUGCUGCGUUAUGUUGGGCAGGUGCAGCGACAGAUUGAGCUGGAGUGGAAGAACGCGCAGGAACUUCCUGCGCGGUUCUUGCGCAGUGUUAAUGAUGACUUGCAGGAGAAGUGUCAGUGUGAUUUCAUCACUGCUAUCUACCAUCUUGUUGUUACUGGUCAUUGCUAUGAGCCGAUGAAGGAGUUCCUCGUUGAUAUUGUCGGAGAGAGGGGACACAAGCGAUGGGAAAAGGCCGUUGGUGGCGGAUACGAGAACAUCCGCCGAUUGACGCACGAGUGCCUUCUACCCGCCCUCGAGCGCAGCCAGGUACUUCUCAGUCGACUGGUUGGACUGUCCAAAUUCCACAAGCUCAGUGAUGUCCUCGGACUGGACACGCCUAAGCUAAACGCCAUUGUGGAAACACUCGAUUGCCUACACCUCCUCGCCCACCGAAUCCUCAUCCUCACCAACGAAGAACUUGAUCAAUUCGGUGCUUUCUCCAGAUGGCUCCGCCACGAAAUCAACAUCCUCAACAGCGAGCCUCUAUCGCAGACUCUAGAGGAACUGCAAGACAAAAGGGAUCUGUUUGACGUCCCUCCCACUGUCAAAUACAUCACUGGUGCAUUGACAAAGAGUGCUCUGCGUAACUUCAUCCGCCAACUCCCCAUGAUGGGACCUCCUCCCCCAUCUUCUGAUAAGUGGCUUCCUCUGCCGGACGGCCAUGACAGCUCCUUCUACGACGCUUUCAAGUCUCUCCUUCAACAACAGCGAGUUGCCCAGGACAAAGGCGGCGACGGUGCAUCAAUUGAUGCACCUAAACUCAACGAUCUCACCAGGCGUUUGGGUGUCCAGUUCGAAAAAGUCUUCGGGGAGAUCGCCUUGACGCAACGGAGAGGUAUCCUACAUCGCUCACCCAUCACACUUCGCUCCGACUGUGAUCAGGGAGUUAUCGAUCUUGCUGUCUGUUACGAAGACCAUGAGGAAGGCCAUCCCUGCUCUAUAUACGUUGCGACCAGGUCAAAAACGUCAAAGUACCAAGCCUACAUCUACCGAGUAGUCCUCGACUCAAUCGGCGGCGUCAGCUCAACAAGAAGCACAUCAAUCGCAACUCUCAACCUGGAAGAAGGAACCAUCCGCCAACUGCAAUUCGUGGCUGACCACACCCUAAUGAUCCUCUGGACAAACAGCAGAGGAUCCUCCCACCUCCUCAACUUCCCCUUCCAACCCUUAUCGGCACACCCAAACCCACCACCCGUAAUCCUCGACUACAUAGAGAGUGAAGCCACAUCAUCCUCUCCGAAGCCUUCCGUUCCAGCUACGAAACUCGAUCUGUCGGACUCGUCUCCUCAUGCGGAGGUGCUGAAACAUGUCUUUGCUUCUACGGGACCGAAGGCGAAGCCUAUUUAUGUUGAUGUUAAUGGAAGGAAGGGGAGGCGUGCUGUUUGUGUUUUGUAUGGAGAUGCUAUGCGGUAUGAGGUUUUGGAUUUGGACGCUGCUAUUGAUGAGGAGGAAGUGGACGAGGACGGAGAAGGGGGAGAGAGAGAGGAGAUGGGGAGUGAGGAGGAAGUUGAUACUGAAAAUUAG